UCUCGUUUCCGGCGGUCGCGCGCUCUUUUCUCGGGACGGUAGAGGCCGUGUAGCGUCGCCGUUACUCUGAGGAGAGAACAGUGGUAGAGGCACCAGCUGAAUGCAGAAAUACGGAUAAUGGUUGCCAGGAGGAACAAGUGCUGUGUACAGGAUCUCAUUUAGUCCUUAAAAUAACCAGCCCUGUGAAGUUGCCAUUGUUACCCACUCUUUACAGGUGAAGAAACUUGAGGCUCAGAAGUUAGGUGACAUGGCUAGUCAGUUUGUUGGAUCUAAACUUUGAAAUCAAGGGUGCAAAAAUGCAGAGCAAUAAAACCUUUAACUUGGAGAAGCAAAACCAUACUCCAAGGAAGCAUCAUCAGCAUCACCACCAGCAGCACCACCAGCAGCAACAGCAGCAGCCGCCACCGCCACCAAUACCCGCAAAUGGGCAACAGGCCAGCAGCCAGAAUGAAGGCUUGACUAUCGACCUGAAGAAUUUUAGGAAACCAGGAGAGAAGACCUUCACCCAACGUAGCCGGCUCUUUGUGGGCAAUCUUCCUCCUGACAUCACUGAGGAGGAGAUGAGGAAACUCUUUGAGAAAUACGGGAAGGCAGGCGAAGUCUUCAUUCAUAAGGAUAAGGGCUUUGGCUUUAUCCGCUUGGAAACACGAACCCUAGCAGAGAUUGCCAAAGUAGAACUGGACAACAUGCCACUCCGUGGAAAGCAGCUGCGUGUGCGCUUUGCCUGCCAUAGUGCAUCCCUUACAGUCCGAAACCUUCCUCAGUAUGUUUCCAAUGAACUGCUGGAGGAAGCCUUUUCGGUGUUUGGCCAGGUGGAAAGGGCUGUGGUCAUUGUGGAUGAUCGAGGAAGGCCCUCAGGAAAAGGCAUCGUUGAAUUCUCAGGGAAGCCAGCUGCUCGGAAAGCUCUGGACAGGUGCAGUGAAGGCUCCUUCCUGCUAACCACAUUUCCUCGGCCUGUGACUGUGGAGCCCAUGGACCAAUUGGAUGAUGAAGAGGGACUUCCAGAGAAGCUGGUUAUAAAGAACCAGCAAUUUCACAAGGAGCGAGAGCAGCCACCCAGAUUUGCACAGCCUGGCUCCUUUGAGUAUGAGUAUGCCAUGCGCUGGAAGGCACUCAUUGAGAUGGAGAAGCAGCAGCAGGACCAAGUGGACCGCAACAUCAAGGAGGCUCGUGAGAAGCUGGAGAUGGAGAUGGAGGCUGCUCGCCAUGAGCACCAGGUGAUGCUGAUGAGACAGGACUUGAUGAGGCGCCAGGAAGAACUUCGGAGGAUGGAGGAGCUGCACAACCAAGAAGUGCAAAAACGAAAGCAGCUGGAGCUCAGGCAGGAGGAGGAGCGUAGGCGCCGUGAGGAAGAGAUGCGACGGCAACAGGAAGAAAUGAUGCGGCGACAGCAGGAAGGAUUCAAGGGAACAUUCCCUGAUGCGAGAGAACAGGAGAUACGGAUGGGCCAGAUGGCUAUGGGAGGUGCUAUGGGAAUAAACAACAGAGGCGCCAUGCCCCCUGCUCCAGUGCCAGCUGGUACCCCAGCUCCUCCAGGACCUGCCACUAUGAUGCCAGAUGGAACCUUGGGAUUGACCCCACCAACAACUGAACGCUUUGGCCAAGCUGCUACAAUGGAAGGAAUUGGGGCAAUUGGUGGAACCCCUCCUGCAUUCAACCGUGCAGCUCCUGGAGCUGAAUUUGCUCCAAACAAACGUCGCCGAUACUAAUAAAAAUUUCAAUGUCUAGUUUCUCAAAAA